CUUUACUAGAUUCCCCUGAACGCCUCACUUUACACAAGCAUCAAGCGGUGACAGUCAGGCGAAGCUCCUUAACUCACAGCACCGCGAAGACCAACUGAAGCAACAUCCCUCAUCUGCACUAAGGAGCUUCUUUACAUCAUGGAGGGGAAACAAACCAUCAACUUUGGAGCUGGACCUGCCAAACUGCCUCAGUCUGUGCUGAUUCAAGCUCAGAAGGAGCUUCUUAGCUACAGUGGCCUUGGGAUCAGUGUUCUUGAGAUGAGCCAUCGAUCAGCAGAUUUCAACAAAAUCAUCAACAAGGCAGAGACUCUGCUUCGAGAAUUGUUAGAUAUCCCAAACAACUACAAGGUGUUGUUUCUGCAGGGCGGUGGCUCUGGACAGUUCAGUGGCGUUCCCCUCAACCUGAUGGGUCUAAAAGAGGACAGGUGCGCCGACUACCUGGUGACCGGCACGUGGUCAGCUAAGGCUGCAAAAGAAGCAGAGAAAUAUGGCAAAGUCAACAUCAUCCACCCGAAACUGGACAGUUACACGAAAAUUCCCGACCCCAGCAGCUGGACCCUGAACCCGUCCGCAUCGUAUGUGUACUACUGCUGCAACGAGACGGUCCAUGGUGUGGAGUACAACUUCACGCCUGAAACCAACGGCGUGGUCCUCGUCAGCGACAUGUCCUCCAACUUCCUGUCACGGCCCGUAGAUGUAUCAAUGUUUGGGCUCAUUUUUGCCGGCGCCCAGAAGAACGUAGGUUGCGCCGGCGUUACGGUGGUCAUCGUGCGAGAAGACCUGUUGGGCCACGCCCUGAAAGAGUGCCCCAUUGUGCUGGACUACAAGGUGCAGGCUGAAAUGAACUCCCUCUACAACACUCCUCCAUGUUUUAGCAUCUACAUCAUGGGUCUGGUUUUGGAGUGGAUCAAGAAUAACGGAGGUAGCGCUGCCAUGGAAACACUCAACAAGCAGAAGUCCUCCAUGAUUUAUGACAUCAUCAACUCUUCAAAUGGUUUUUAUGUAUGUCCUGUGGACGCUGCGUGUCGGAGCCGCAUGAACGUGCCUUUUCGUGUUGGGAAGAAAGAAGGAGAUGAGUCUUUGGAGAAGAAGUUUCUGGAGGGUGCAGCCAAAUGUGGAAUGAUUUCACUGAAAGGACACAGGUCAGUGGGAGGAAUGCGUGCGUCCUUGUACAACGCUGUAACUCUGGAGGACACUGCAGCCCUUGCAGACUACAUGAGAAGUUUCCUCAAAGAGCACCAGUAAACCAACAGCACUUAAAAGCACAAGUUGUCACUUUGUUUUGGAAGAUUUUUAAAGUAAAUGUUGAAAAUUAAAUGUUUUGAAAACGGUUAUUAAUUAUUCCCAGUGGACUUAGCCCACUAAUUCCAAAUUAGUCUUAUUUACGUAUGUUUUAUGGAGCAGUUUGCUUUAUUUUGGUUGACUGUUUUAGUUCUCGGUACCUACAUUUCAAUAAAUCUACUUUGGAAAUUCCCUUCAUUUCAUGGCUUUAAGAUUAAAUUAAUUGGAUGGAUUGCAACAUGGAUUGCUGACUUUCUAAUUAUAAUUGCUGCAAAAUUAUAAUUAAUUUUGCCACAAUUUAAAAUCAAUUGCUGCAUUAGGUAGCAUUGAUAAAGAUGUUUUUGCAUAUUUAUUGAAAUAUAAUAAAGACAAUGGAAAAAAAAAAAUCUAACAUGCACAAAAACCUAGGUAUUCUCAUUGGAUCAUACCUAACUUACUCAGCCUCUGCUAUCUGAAAACAUUGCUAGCAUAAAUGGUUUUUUAUCAAUACACCCAAAAAUGUUAAAUGGCCUGUACUUGUACAGUGUUUUAUUUAGUCCAGAGAACUCCAAAGAGUUUUACACUACAUUCAGUUACCCAUUCACGUUCACAUUCACACGCUCAUAACAAACUGGUGCAUGAUUUAAUCUUUAGUGUGUUUGAAUAUUGUAUCUGAGGGUUAACCAGACAGCUGCAGUUUAUCCAAAAUGUUUCUCUGGGUGUUCUGAUAAACACCAGGAAACAGCAGGACCAUUUUACAACAUGGAUUAAUCAUUGUACUGGUUUCCACCCACCCAGUAUUUACACAUUACCCUUAUGGGUAGAAAAUGGACUUAAAGGAGAGCCCUAGAUGUUAUUUACCACUGGUUAGAGCAACUUACCCACAAAGGUCAAAUGUUGUUCUAGUCAAUUCAUUCCUAUCAUGUCUUAGCUUUUUAGUUAAAUUUACACUUUAAUGUACUCUUCAUAUAUUUCUUACUUUUACUCUAGUUUUUAAAAAAAUUAUUUAUUAUGUUUUUGUGCAUUCAACAAUUUAAAUCAUAUCACCUGGCUACCAAGUAGAUCAAACAAUUGUAACCAAAUAAAUUUUUGGCUGCUGACAAAAUUGAAACCAGUUGUAUUUGCACUAAUCAACCGCUAGGUGGAAGUGUUAGUCCAGAAACACUUUUUCUAAACUGCAGACGAGACGAGAAACUGCCAUUUAAUUUAAUUAGUCUUUUCUAUCCUAUAAUGUUUUAUAUAAAAACAUUACCCAUGAAAGCAUAUCCAACAAAGUAUUAGUAUAAAUAUCCAUUUAUAUGUUCAGGUGAUUCAUUAGAAAAAUAUUACCUGGAAUAUUGAUAUAAAGGUACAUUUUUAUGAAGAUUAUAUGUAGAACUUGUUUCUUUAUUUCAUGGCAACACGCAGCGAAAAAAAGAUAGAUUUACAGACUGUAGAGGAGUUUAUCUCACAAUCACAGGAAAAAAAAUGUCAUCAGGAGGGAGAAACUAUAACCUGCACUGGAAAUAUGCUCCCUGCUUUACAAUGUUUAAUAAUAAUAAUAAAAAAAAAAAAUUAAAAGCUUUUUCCCAAUCUAGUGGUACACAAAUACACCCACUUUCCAUACACAGAAGCAUGCUGUUAACAGAGGUUUCUGUGGCGAUACCAGGAGAUGUGCAUUUUCAGAAGCAAACAUAGUUCCUCAGUAAAUUACAGCUUUUCUGCUGGUGCAAAUUGAUGUAUGGCAAAAAAAUGCGUUGGAUUUGUUAUUUUUACUAAAAGGCUUUUAUACUGGGAAGAACUGUGUAAAAUAACACAACACAGCACAAAUGAUUGAGAUUGUGACCCAUGAUGAAGCACAAAAAAGAAGGCAGAUUGUCUCCACUCUGAUUCCAGCCGGUGACCUGAGGAGAUGUAAGAAAAAAAGUUUCCAUUUUCUUACUUUCAUUUUAAGAUGUAAUAAAACACAAGGUAAAGUUGAUCCAGCAGUUAUUAUUUUAUAUAACAUCCCAGAUGAUGCUUUCCAAAAAGUAAUUUUGGCUGUUAGCAAAUAUCAAUACCAAAAGCAGGGGAGAAAAGGCUGGCUGCUGCUGUUGACUGUGGAUCAUGAGGGAGAGAGAUGUUGGUCCUGCUGUGUGAAGCUUUGUGUACUGAACGGCUGACAUGUUCCACUGCAGGCACAUAUCGCUUAAUGCCUGAAAUCUUUGCGUUAAAAAACAUCCUGCAUCCUAGUUUUCUGAAAUAUUCUGAAGCUUAUGUCACGGUUAUCCUAAAUUGUAUGCUGAAAUGUGUUUGUGAGUCUCGUUCUUUCAUUUUGCUCGUUUUGGUCAUCGGGGAACUUAUGAAUCCCUUGUCUGCUGAUUUGCUGGCAGAUCUCUGUAGGCUUUAAGGCUGUUGGCAUUCUGAGUAUGUCAUCUAAAAAGAUUUCCUUUUUCUAAGACAACCUUUAAUUUGAACUGGCUUUACCGCGAAAUGAAAAAAAAAAAUAAUUCUUUGAAUAUUAAAAGAAAGACUAAA